AUGGGAACUAGCAGUAUCUCUCGGCGUCUUCCUCGUCUUCUCCUCAGCUGGAGCUCUGUUGUGAACUUUGUUGUGUUUAUGAUUCCAUGGACUAUCUUUAUGUCGCUUUUAGCUGGAGCUCUGUUUGGUGUUGUCAAAGGUGGUAUCUUGGUUGUUUUCAAUGCUAUCGCUGGUGCUACUUGUUGUUUCUUUCUUUCUAAGUUGAUUGGUCAGCCGUUGAUUACUUGGCUGUGGCCUGACAAACUAAGAUUCUUUCAGGUUGAGGCUGGCCUUGCUAUUGGAGAUCUCAAAUCGGUGAAGGAUCUUUAUGAUUUCAAGACAUUUCCCGUGCUUUUCCUCAUUGGGUUUAUCUCCAUACUUCCAACAAUACUGAAAAGAAGAAAGAUAUACGAAUAA